AUGACCCGCGGCUUCGCUCCCAUUCUGCCUGUCGAGUUCCACAAGAUGGGCUCCUUCCGCAGGCCCAGACCACGCUUCAUGAGCUCGCCGGUGCUCAGCGACCUGCCCCGAUUCCAGGCCACACGGCAGGCUCUGCAGCUGAGCUCCAGCUCAGCCUGGAACAGUGUCCAGACUGCUGUAAUCAACGUUUUCAAAGGGGGCGGCUUACAGAACAACGAGCUCUAUGCGCUGAAUGAAAACAUCAGGAGGCUGUUGAAGAGUGAACUUGGAUCAUUCAUUACAGACUAUUUCCAGAACCAGCUUCUUGCAAAAGGACUGUUCUUUGUGGAGGAGAAGAUCAAGCUGUGUGAAGGUGAAAAUCGCAUUGAGGUUCUGGCUGAAGUCUGGGACCACUUCUUCACUGAGACUCUCCCCACCCUGCAGGCCAUAUUUUAUCCAGUUCAGGGCCAGGAGCUGACCAUCCGCCAGAUCUCUCUGCUGGGCUUCCGAGACCUGGUCCUGCUCAAGGUGAAGCUGGGGGACUUACUGCUGCUGGCCCAGCCCAAGUUGCCCUCGUCCAUCGUCCAGAUGUUGCUCAUCCUGCAGAGUGUUCACGAACCCACAGGCCCCAGUGAAGGUUAUUUGCAGCUGGAGGAGCUGGUGAAGCAAGUGGUUUCUCCUUUCCUCGGCAUCAGUGGGGACCGUGGCUACUCAGGCGCCACGUACACACUGGCCAGGCGGCACUCCAGGGUUCGGCCCAAGGUGACUCUGCUGAAUUAUGCGUCCCCGGUGAGCACAGCCAGCCGGCCACUGAACGAGAUGGCCCUGACCCCCCUGACGGAGCAGGAGGGGGAGGCCUAUCUGGAGAAGUGCGGCAGCGUGCGGCGGCACACGGUGGCCAACGCCCACUCGGACAUCCAGCUGCUGGCCAUGGCCACCAUGAUGCACUCAGGCCUCGGGGAGGAGGCUGGCAGUGAGGACAAACACCUGCUCCUGCCACCCAGCUUCCCCCCUCCCCACCGCCAGUGCUCCAGCGAGCCCAACAUCAACGACAGCCCUGAUGAACUGGAGGAGGGGGCGAGUGGCAGCCAGGAGGGCUCGGAGCUGAACUGCGCUUCCCUCAGCUGA